AUGCCCUCCGACCUGAGACCCUCCCUCGAGCGCCCCGAUGGCCGCGCCAACUCCCCUCUGCUGGGGCGCAAGACCGAGGACGACACCGUCGACGAGGGUCUGCUGAGCAGGAGCACACACCACUUCCACGAGCGAGACCCAGAGACACAGGCAAAGCUCGAGACACGGAGAAAGUACACGUAUGCUGCCUUCCUGCUGGCCCUGAGCCUCAUCAGCUUUACCGUGCAGACGGAGACGGCUGUGUACAUCCAGCACCAGCUCAAAUGGGAGAAGCCAUAUUGCAUGCUGUACAUGACCCAUGGCUCCUGGGUUGUGCUGUGGCCUGCAACUCUCGCCCUGCUCCGUUUCCAGCAUUGGAGCGAGCCCUGGCCGACAUUUUGGCGCAGACACGUCCACGUUCUGCGUCAGACGGCCCUCAUGGUCCAGCACCAGACGCUCCACCCCACGCCUCGGCAAUCCCAAGUCUCACCCGUCCAGUACAUGGUGAAGAUGACGGCUUUCAUUACAUGUGCUUUGACUCUUGCAGGAGGCAGUUGGUAUGUCGCAGUCAACAUGACGACUGCCAGCGACCUGACGGCCAUUUACAACUGCUCUGCCUUCUUCGCCUACGCCUUCAGCAUCCCCAUCCUCCACGAAAAGGUGCGCGCGAGCAAGGUCUUGGCCGUCGCCAUUGCCAUUGCAGGCGUCUUUGUUGUAGCAUACGGCGACCAGGCGCCCGCAAAGCACGGCUCCCAGUCUGGCGGCGGGGCCGGCGGCGACAAGGCGCCGCCUUCACAAGAAGCCGAGAACCGCGCUUUUGGCAACUUGGUCAUUGGCGUCGGUAGUGUCUUGUAUGGUCUCUACGAGGUCUUGUACAAGCGACUGGCUUGUCCGCCAGAGGGCGCUGCACCAGACAAGGGUGUCAUCUUUGCAAAUCUGUUUGGUAGCUUGAUUGGCACAUUUACCUUGAGUGUGCUGUGGAUUCCAUUACCAUUGCUCCACUGGCUGGGCUGGGAAAUAUUCGAGCUGCCCAAAGGAGAGCAAGCAUGGAUGAUGGCUAUUAGUGUUUUGGCAAAUGCCACCUUCUCUGGCGCUUUCCUCGCCCUCAUUUCCCUUACGUCCCCUGUCCUCUCCUCGGUCGCGGCACUCCUUACUAUUUUUAUCGUUGCGCUUGUUGACCAGUUGCUUCCUCCGCCACUCAACUCGCCACUUACGCCUGCCGCUAUUGUCGGCGGUCUUUUAAUCAUUGGGGCUUUUAGUCUCUUGUCCUGGGCUUCGUACAAGGAAAUGGAUGAGGAGCGGAGGCAUAAACUUGAAGAGGCUCCUAGCGAGUUGGACGAUUAG